AUGCGACUCCUCAAGUUCAGCCAAGAUGGGACUCUUGCCUUCACCCACGACAUCACCAAUGACAUACCACCGUACGCUAUACUUUCUCAUACGUGGGGAAAUGAUGGCGACGAAGUCAUAUUCGAAGACAUCUUAUCUAGGACCGGAAAACACAAGAAAGGAUACGAAAAGAUAGAGUUCUGUGGGCACCAAGCAGCUGCUGACGGGCUGCACUACUUCUGGGUAGACACAUGUUGUAUCAAUAAAUCAAACAGCACUGAGCUCAACGAGGCUAUCAAUUCCAUGUUUCGGUGGUACCAAAACUCGACGAAAUGUUAUGUAUACCUUGCAGAUGUAUCUGACAGCGAAGAUGGUCACGAUAAUCGUUUUCGUACGAGCAGAUGGCUUUUUAGAGGCUGGACGCUACAAGAGUUGCUGGCUCCGGCGUCAGUAGAGUUCUUCACCUGCCACGGCCAGCUCAUAGGCGACAAGGCCUCCUUAGCUCAAGAACUGCAAGAGAUUACAGGUAUCCCGAAUAGUGUACUCCGUGGAGAUCUUGUAUCAAAGUAUAGCAUAUCUCAGCGGCUGGCAUGGGCGGAAGGGCGUCAGACCAAGCGUGAGGAGGACAGAGCUUAUUCCCUGUUUGGCCUUUUCGGCGUAUACCUUCCUCUAAUAUAUGGAGAGGGUAGGAGAGAGGCCUUCAGAAGGUUGAUGGAAGAAAUUCAAAAGAGGCAAGGUAGCGCAAGUCGUGAAUCUUGUGGUCAUCGACCUGCCAUAGCGGCGCAAGAGCCUGGCUGGGCUGUGCCAUUCGGGCGCAAUAGAAAUUUCACAGGUCGAGAGAUUGAGCUGGCGCAGCUUCUCGAAAUCAGCCCGCCUAGUGCAGACAGGGAUGACUGUCAGCGAACUAUUAUUCACGGGCUUGGGGGGACUGGAAAAACACAAGUUGCACUGGAACUUGCCUACCGUCUACGCGCCACUCAUCCAGAUUGCUCGGUAUUUUGGGUUCCUGCGCUUGACGUUGCUGGCUUUGAAAAUGCAUACCGUGCAAUAGCUAAAGAGCUUCGUCUCAGGCAAGCGGACGACGAGAAUGUCAAUAUACGGCUCCUGGUCAAAGAUGCCCUGAGCCGGGAGAUCUCGGGCCCCUGGCUGUUGAUUGUUGACAAUGCGGAUGAUCUGAGCUUGCUCUUUGGUGAAGCGAGCCUCUUCGAUUCCCUUCCCUUUAACCGAAAGGGCUCGAUAUUGGUAACCACUCGCAACUACGAGGUCACCGUCAGGCUCGGCGUUCCCAAGGGACAUAGAUUGAUUCUGGGCUCGCUUGGAGAUCCAUAUGCCCUAACUCUCUUACGACAAGACCUUGGCGAAGAACAAACAAGCGACUCAACAAGCACAAUGGGGCUGCUCAGGUUCUUAGAGAACCUCCCGUUAGCUAUCAAACAGGCAUCGGCAUACAUGAGCAAGACUCGUAUAACGACCACUAAAUACCUUCAGUACUGCCAGUCCGGGGACUCCACCUUCAUCCGGUUGCUCAGCACAGACUUUGAAGACCGCGGCAGGUACAAAAAUUCCAAGAACCCCGUAAUCACCACUUGGCUGAUCUCGUUUGAACAUGUCAUACGUGAGCAUCCACUUGCGGAAUCAUACUUGCGUUUCUUCAGUCUACUAUCGGAAAGAACAAUCCCGAGAUCCUUGCUUCCGGAUGGCGGUGAAGGAUUAGAUGCAGAAGAGGCAAUCGGCGCCCUCAAAGGAUACGCUAUUAUCAACGAGCACAUGGACUCUGCCUUCUUCGACAUACAUCGACUGGUCCGACUCGCUAUACGAAACUGGAUGAGAGUGAAAGGCCAGUGGCACACAUGUGUAUAUGAGGUGGUGCAACGGCUUAGAGAAGUCUAUCCUCUACCAGAUCAUGCAUCAAGAGAUUUCUGGACGAGUCAUCUGCCACAUGUUCACUCAGCUUUGAGUUUCCGUGCAGACUUCGACGACAAGUUGACAUUGUCGGAACUACUGUUCAGAACCGCUGAAAGCAACCAGAUUCUUGGUCAAUACGCUACAGCUGAGAACUUGCAUCGUGAAGCUCUUGAGACAAGACAGAGGCUACUAGGGACAGAUCAUGUUGACACGCUGAUGAGUAUGGAUCGUCUCGCAUGCGUACUAUGUACGCAAGGAAAACUUACAGAAGCUCAUGAGCUACAUGAAGCGGCGGUAGCCAAAACACAAGCUGUGCUUGGUGAGGAUCACGCCCAAACAUUGGAGACACGGAACAACCUUGGCAUAACCUUUCAGAGGCUGGGGCAGUACAAGCAAGCCGAGAGAAUGCAUCGUGAGAACUUAGCGAGAAUGUGUGCCAUCUUGGGCGAUAAGCAUCCAAGCACACUCUGGAGUAUGCAGAAUCUUGCGUACUGUCUUCGCAAAUCGGGAGAAUAUGAAGAGGCUGAAAGGCUGCAACGAAAGACUCUCGAGGCCAUGACAGAACUGAAUAGCAUAAAGCAUCCAGACAGUAUCCAGAUUAUGAACGACCUGUCAUCUACAUUGUCAAACCGGAAAAGGUACAGCGAAGCUGAGGGCCUCUUGCGGACAGUCAUCUUUCUCCUCGAAGAGGUGCGCGGCCCUGACCAUCCCAAGACGGUCAAGAGUAGAGAUAACUUGGCCAGCAUUCUGAACAAGAUGGGAAGACUCACUGAAUCUGAAGAGAUACACCGUGCAACACUGGCUUCGUCAUUGGCUACUCUGGGUGCCGAACAUGUACAGACGCUCAAGUGUAUGCUCAAGUGUAUGCUCAAGCUCGGGAUGAAUCUUCACAGCCAAGGCAAGGACGAGGAAGCCGAGAAGAUUCUGCAUCAAGCUUUCGAGUUGUCCACCAGGCGGUUGGGACGCAAUCACCCUGACACAUGCAUGACUGCGGAACAACUUUGUCUCGUUCUUCAAAGUCGGGGAAGGGUCGGGAAAUCGAGUCGAAGCACAUGA